GUGGGAAUGACGGUCUCGGUACGAGAAUGCUAACAUGCUGACUGACUCAAAGGAGAAGAAACGAUAAAACAGGCAAUACAACUCAUUUAAAGAAGGAUGUUCCUGACUCUGCCUCUACUGCGGAAGGGAAUUCCCGGCCGGCAGUGGAUAGGAAAAUGGCGCAGGCCACGGCCAGUCACAUGGCAGAUGAAGCGCAACACAGUUGAGCGACUGGAGCGCGAGGCUCAGAAUGAGUAUUGGCUGAGUCGACCUUACCUGAGCCUUGAGCAGGAGAAAGGCCACGCCCAUGCUCGCCGUAUGCGCACCUGGGAGACCAUCCGCCACACUCGCUUGUCCACCUUCCCCCAGCACACAUCCCUUUCUGAACACCUGCAGCACCUCAACAUUACCCGGACCUGGAGCUAACACACACACAGAAUAUUUCAUGAAUAAAGUACUGGUACACUGUU